UCCUCUGACAAGCCUCUGACUGCUUUUCAUCCCUCAUCCGACACUUCCAUUCUCAUCCAGAACCAGGUCUUCGAGCUGGUUGGAUGCGAUGCAAUGCACUGACGGAAGGCUCUCCCCGCAUCGACAGUAACUAUCCAACAACUGUUUCAUAUCUCGUCUAGGAGUAGUAGUAGAAGCAGCUGUUCAUCGUCGGGAGCUAUCCUCACCCGGUGGAUUGAAGCUCUAGAUCAGCACCGUACCAGUCCACAUCCCGUCGCCAUCCUUCGCCGUCUUUCACCAUCCGACACAAGGAAGAUGGUAAUUAUCCCUCACCUACUAUGACUCGCCCGAAAGUGGAUCCCGACAAACGGCAGCGCAUUGCUCAGGCCUGCGAUUCAUGUAAGCGGAGGAAGCAGAAAUGUAAUGGUCUGAAGCCCUGUGAGAAAUGUUCGAAGCGCACUCUGGAAUGCACCUAUGGUGCUGCUGAGACUGGCCCAGCAGAAGACGGACCCUCACCCAAACGUCGGAUGCUAGAACCGGUCCCAGAUGGUCUUUCCAUGGGAACCAACAAUAUACAUGUUCACUCUCCGGCUAUUACUCAGGCUCAUUGGUCACCGGGUAUUAUGAAGCAUGACUUAAACGGUGUGCAGUACAGCGGACAGACACCAAAUGCCGUUGGUGACACUCCGGGUGCGGGACCCUUUCCGGACAAGGAUGAUAAGCAGAAGAAAAGUCCGAACGAUGCGGAUGGUAUCCCUGGUAUAGGAUCUGGCGCAUCUACAUCCGAUGGCCACGAAGAAGAGGCCGAAAGAUUCAGUCACACUAGAAUGCUACUAGAUCCGAAAGGCAGGUUGUUGUAUAUUGGUGAUUCGGCUUCACUAUCAUUUCUACAGCUCAUACGCCUGGUAGUUGAUAGCGUCGUUGGCUCAUCACCGUUUACAAAUGAUCCAAGAAGAUACAAAAUUGUUGAAAACCCACUAACUUUACCCGAGAAUCUACGAAGAACUCAUCUCCUCCCAGACAGGCAAACCGCUAACAUCCUUGUGGCUUCAUACUUCACAAAUGUAAAUGGACUUAUUGAGGUUUUCCAACGCAGAAGCUUUUUGAUGACUCUAGAAGCAUGCUAUACUGAUCCUCUAAAUGCGGACGCAUCAUGGCUUUGCAUGCUCUACCUCGUCUUUGCUAUUGGUCUCGUCAUGGCUACUCCAAUACCAGGAACUCCAGAAGAUGCUAUCAUACAGAAGUUGAGAAACGAGAGGUUUGAUCGGGCUGAAAUAUUCUAUUCGGAUGCCAAACAGCUCGCCGAUCCUUCUUCAGGGUUCGAAGACGCCGGGUUCUGGAGCAUUCAAGCAUUGACGCUGAUGUCUGUGUAUACACUGGCCAUCUCGAAAAGGAAUGCAGCAUAUGCUUACUAUGGUAUGGCGGUGCGGUCUGCCUUCGCUCUUGGACUCCAUCGCGAAGAGUCGAUGUCGCUCUUCAGCACUAGCGAACAAUCGACAAGACGCAAUCUGUGGCGUUCUCUAUUCGUUCUUGACAGAUUCCUAGCAGCAUCUCUUGGUCGACCGACUGCCAUUAGAGAGAGCGACUGCUCUGAUGAUAUACUUCAAUUGGGUGAAAAAGCGCCAUUUCCUCAGGCUCCGUUUCCCACCGAAGCCAAUGCCAGCUUUUCAAGUUCAGGUGCGCUUGGCCUGAAGGCAUCCGUAAGCAGCUGUCAAAUGAUUGGUAUGAUACUGGAAAAGGUCUAUUCGAAGCGCAAGAUUUCGACCAAAUUGGCCCAAGAAAUUGCGACGCUUUGCAAAGGAUGGCCCAAAUCUCUGGAUCCUUCUUUACAACACCGUCAAGCAAGCCCUGUGGACCCUGCUCAAGGGAUUGCAAUUCUACACGUCAAUCUGCUGAAUUGCCAUUCCGUCAUCUUACUUACGAGGCCAUUUUUCCUCUUCUUAAUGAACAAGUUUCAUAAUGAGCAGAAUGAUCCUAUGCGGAAGACUGACAGAAACACUUCAAGAAUGGAGAGGUUUGCCGAGGCUUGUGUCACUGCAAGUACUCACAGCAUUUCUCUCGUCCAGACUGCUCUGGAAGGGCGAUACUUGCCCCAUCGAAACCCUUUUGUCUUAUAUUUUCUUUUCGCUGCAGCCCUUGUCGUCUUGGCGAACGACUUUUCUGCAUUGGUCAAUAAUCCAAAGGCUAACUCUUCAAUCAUGUCUGCUAUUAAUAUCAUGAACUACCUUGCUCAACAAGAUCCCCAAGGAAGCCGCCUCCACUUCAUCCUUACAGCAUUUCGAGAUGUUGUCAUCCGUCAACAAGUUGCUCGUUCUCAGCAUAUGAGUGCCAACCAAACACCUCAGAGCUUCAUGAACGCUGCUGUACCUGUCACCGAUGACAACGAUCCAAUGGGAAGUUUGUUCAGCAACAACGGCCCCUUUUCUCCGACGGCAACAGCAGGUCUCCCCAAAGUUGAGUCUGGCAUUAGUCGACCCAGCUCAGACCCCAAGAUUACAAGCCCAUUGGCACCUCACGCAUCGCUCAGACGCACAUCGUCGCAUCCCAAUGCUGGGUUGUCAGGCACAAAUGGAGAUUACCUUGGAUCACGGAACAAUUCCAUUGAUCACCAUCUCGACCUCUCUCGUGUGAACAGCUAUCCGAAUAGCGUCGAGGGUAACGAUUCUCUUGGCGACGCAGAAAUUGACUUCGAAGCAUUAUGGUCAGGAUGGAACAGCACGGGCUUCACGCCCAGCGGAAUGCCAUCUGCAUCCAUGCUUGGGGGCCAAUCUGGACUGUCGGGGAUAAUCGAUGUGCCAGGACUUAAUGAUAGCAAUGUUCCCUUGUUCGGAAUGAAUACUUCCGAGUUUGGCGGGAAUUGAAUGGGAGGCGCAUGGUAUGUCAUAAAAGUCAUUUGCGGGGUAUUGACACUGGAGGCUGGUAUUCUCACGACUGGAACGAAUGGUGUACAAAUAGCUUGGGUAUUGGCACCUACGAAUUGAAGAACUAUUUAUCUGAUC